AAGGAAGACCGGAAGUAAGCAUAAUAUAACAUAAGGACCGGAAGUAAGCAUAAUAUAAUAUGAGGAUCGGAAGUGAGAAUAAUAUAACGUGAGGACCGGAAAUAAGCAUAAUGUGAGGACCGGAAGUAAGCAUAAUAUAAUGUGAGGGCCGGAAAUAAGCAUAAUAUAAUGUGAGGACCGGAAGUAAGCAUAAUAUAAUGUGAGGGCCGGAAAUAAGCAUAAUAUAAUGUGAAGACCGGAAGUAAGCAUAAUAUGUGAGGGCCGGAAGUAAGCGUAAUCUAACGUGAGGACCGGAAGUAAGCAUAAUAUAAUGUGACUAGUUGAGGGAUGUUGCAUAAUGCUUUACCUCUCACCUUAUUUACCUCAGGCCUACUUCCCCCUCUCCCCCCCUUUCUUCCUUGAUUGGUUUGUUUCCGUAAGUAUGGGAUGGGGGCAUGAGAGAGGUGGGGGAAGGGGAGGACAAAGAGGACCGGAAGUAAGUGUAAUAUAAUGUAAAUAGGUGGGGGAUGUUGCGUAAUACUUGACCUCUCACCUUUUUUUCCUCAGGUUUACUUCCCUCUCUUCCCCCCCUCCCCCUCCUGCCCCACACCCUUCUUCCUUGACUGUGUUGUUAUGGUGUUUAAGUGCAGGUUGAGGGAAUGAGAGAGGUGGGGGAUAGGGCAGAGUAGGAAAGGGAGGACCAGAAGCAUAACAGAGAGCAAGCCUUUAGAGGGAAGGGACCAUAAAGAUUAGAUCCUUCCCAAGCAUCCUAGAGGGACAAGGAAAGGGUGAGCCAGUUAAAAGAGUGGGAGAAAGCGUCCUUGUCCCUCCCUUGCUCUUUUUCCUGAUUUCUUUUUUUUCAACUGUGAGGCGAUUAAGACAUUUUUUGACUUCUUCCACCAAUCGAAGAAGACGUUUCUCCUCCGGUACUGCACCUUCCAAUUCACUGGGCUAUGUGAUCAAUCUUCCUGAGGCCAAUGGGGUCAGACUCUUCACUCAGCAUCCUCCUUCAACCUGGAGAGACCAAUCUCCCUGGUCCCUGAGAGGCCAGACUCUUUAGUAAGCCACAUGGAGCCAAUUUCAUCAUCGGGCUCCUCACCUUUGGCCCAGUCUCAUUUCUUUUCAAGCCCUACAUGGCCAAACUUUUCCCCAUACUUACUGUGGCAAAAUUCAUCAAAAGAUCAGGCCUGGCCAUGCUCCAUAGAUUCCUCAUCAGGCCAGGUCUGUCCUGAAUCCUCCCCUGGUCAAGCCUGUUCACACUCCUCUCCAGGAACAGCCUUGCCAGACUCCAAACCAGGGCCAGCCUGUUCAGUCUCCAAUCGAGGGCCAGCCUGUUCAGACUCCUCACCAAUGCAGUUUUGGUGUGACUCAUCUCUGUGCCGGGUCUGUCCAAACACCUCUUCAGACCUGACACAUUCAGAUCCCAAUCCAGGCCAGGCCUCGCCAGACUCCAAACCAGGCCCAACCUGUUCAGACUCCUCACCAAUACAGUUUUGGUGUGACUCAUCUUUGUGCCGGGUCUGUCCAAACACCUCUUCGGACCUGACACGUUCAAACCCCAAUCCAGACCAGGCUUGUCCAGACUCCAACCUAAGCACAGCCUGUCCAGAUUCCGAUCCAGCCCCAAUCUGCCUGGAAUCCCCUCUAAGACCGGUUUGGUGUGACUCGUCUCUGUGCCAGAUCUGUUCAUAUCUCACUCCAGCCGCAGCCUGUCCAGACUUUUGUCCGAGACAAGUUUGCUGUGAAUGUUCUCUGUGUCAGGGCUGUCCAAACUCCUCUUCAGACGUGACGUGGUCAGACCCCAAUCCGGCCCCAGGCUGGCCAGAAACUUCUUUAAGACAGAUUUGGUGUGACUCAUCUCUGUGCCAGGUCUAUUCAGACCCCAACCCAGACCCAGCCUGUCCAGAUUCCUCUCCAACAUUUGUUUGGUAUGACUCAUCUCUGUGCCAGGUCUGUGUAAACUCCUCUUCAGAUCUGGCAUGGUCAGACCCCAAAUCAGGCGUGGCCUGGCCAGACACCAACCCAGGCUCAACCUGUCCGGACUUCUCUCCAAGACAGGUUUGGUGCGAUUCAUCUCUGUGCCUGAUCUGUUCAGAUUUCAAUCCAGCCCCAGCCUGGCCAGAAUACUCUCUGAAACAGGUGUGGUGUGACUCGUCUCUGUGCAAGAUCUGUCCAGACUCCAAGCCAGCCUUUACCUGGUCAGACUUCUUUCCAACACAGGUUUGGCAUAACUUUUCUGCAAGCUCAGCCUGGCCAGAUUUUUUUCUAAGAAAGUUUUUGCAUUACUCCUCUCCAGGCGCAGCCCAGCCAGAGUCCGGUCUAGGCCCAGCCUGGCCAGACUUCUCUCCAACACAGGUUUGGCGUGACUCCUCUUCAGGUGCAGCCCCUCGAGAUUCCAGUCCAGGCUUGAUCUGGCCAGAUUCCAAUCCAGGCCAGGCUAGGUUAGACUUCUCUCCAACACAGGUCUGGCUUGACUUUGCUUCCGGCUCAGCCGGUGCAGAUUCCAGCCCAGUGCCAGACUCUCCAGAUGCCAGUUCAGUCCCGGCCUGGCCAGACUUCUCUCCAACACAGAUUUGGCGUGACUCUACUGCAGGACAGGAUUGGCCAGAUUUCUCUUCGAGACGGGUUUGGCGUGACUCCUCUUCGGCCAUGGACUGUCCAGACUCCAUCAGGGGCCAACGCUGGCCAGACUCCUCUGAGAGCAAAACUUGGCCAGAAUUUAUCCCGGGCCAGACUUGGCCAAACUCCAUCCCAAGCAAGACUGCAACAGACUCCUCGUUACAUUCUACGUGCCAAGACAACCCAUCAGAUCAGACCGAGCCAAACUGUUCAUCGAACCCACCCGGCCAAUCUCAGCCAGACUGUCCAACAAACCCAGCAAACCCAGCCUGGCCAGGCUAUCCACUGAACUCAGCCUGGUUAGGCUAUUCACCACCCCCAGCAUGGUUAGUUUACUCCCAGGGCCCAGGCUGGUUACAGUAUUGGCCAGACAACUUGCCAGGUUUGGCAUGGGCAGACCCUUCCCUGGCUCCUAGGUGGGUAGAUGCUUCUGGGCAGACUUACCACUACCGGGGUACAGCUCCCCCCUUGGAAGAAGGAUGGGUAGAUCCCUCCCUGGGUCCAGAAUGGAUAAAUUUCUCUGUUACUCUGGAGUGGUCAUAUUCCCUGGGCUGGAUGUGGCUAAACCCCCAGGGAGAGAUUAGGACUAGCUGGGCUCAUUGGUUCAGGCAAUAUCCCUCCAUUUUUUUCCUUUGAUUUGAAGUCUUUUGUGUUAGCUUAAUGCCCUCCAUUGUUUCUUAAAUUCUCACACACUUAAUAACCUCUGUCAUUCAUUUGGAGGCUGAAAUGGGCUAUUUUGAAAUAUGUGUUUAUCCUUUAUUUUUAUGGGGGGGUGGGAAGAUAGAACGUAACAUUUAAUAAUAGCUAAUUUAAUUCGGAAAGCACAUUAUUAAGUGCUGACUAAUGAGGCACUGGGGUCAGAAAAAAAUAUUCCUCCUCUUCCAGAAACUUAUAUUCUAUUAGAGAAGAAAUAAUUUCUAUAGAGAAAAUGAAGCCAUUGUAACUCAAGUAAUUUCUGUGAGUAGAAGGCAUUUGAACGUAAGCAAUAGGUAGGGGAGGAGGGUGGUUCUAGUGGAAACACAGGACAGGGAUGCUGUCCAGAUGGAAUUGACAUGGACAGAAGAAAUAAUUUCUAGAGAUAAAAUGAAAUAUCCAUUGUAUCUCGAGUAAUUUCUAUGAGUAGAAUGCAUUUGAAUAUAAGCAAUAGGCAGGGGAGGAGGGUGAUGCUAAAGGACACAUGGUACCGGGAUGCUGUCCAGAUGGAAAUGGUAUGGAUAGGUUUGAUGAGCAGAGAGUGGGGACCAGGGAAGAACACUUGCCCUUGGCAGCCAACAACUCAGAAUCCCAGCAGCAGUAAUAGUGGUAUCGGUUUAAUUAUCUAUCCCCGAGCCAGAAGACUUCAGGGCAAAGUCCUCCUUUUCCUAUGGAGGAUUGCUGAAUGAAAAAAAGAACAGAAACUCCUCCAGGAGCUCCUGCAAAUUUUGUUGUUGCAUGCUGGCAAAUUUUGUUGUUGUGUGUUGUGUGUGUCCUUCCCAGACUUCCCUCUCUUGAACUGGUUUGUAUUUCAUCUGCAUUUGUGUAUUUAUGGAUUUUUUGUUUUCCCUGUUAAAACACAAGGUCUUUGAGAACAGAAUUGUAUCUGUCUCCACCACCUAACACAGUGCCCACCAUGUAGUGGUUGAUUAAUAAAUGCUUGGUGAUCUA